AUGGAUCAUUACGAUUCACUGUUCUUCAAAGAUGAAGAUCAAAAGUUUCUGCAGAAAAUUCCAUGGCUGAGUAUGAAAUCCGACCAGUAUUUCAUCCCAUAUCUUUUCCUGAAGCAAUCCUUCAAGAAAGAUGUCGGGGACAUGUUUCCCGACAUAGAAUUCGUGUUCCAUUUCCUGGUACGGGUUGUUGAGUUUUACCCUCUAAAGUCAAUUACUAUAGGAGGUUAUCCAUCAAAGCUGGUUGAUUUUAUUAUUGAAGACUCCAAGAACAAUAGGAUUAAAUGCACAGUAUGGGAUUCACAUGUGGAUGAUGUACUGCCCUAUUUUACUGACAAUGUUGAUGGCCCUAUAAUUAUUCUGAUGCAACUGUGUAGAGCAAAGCACUUAGACACUAAAGUAAGAAUAUCAAGUUCAUAUAAUGCAACCAAGGUUUGGAUAAAUCAUGAUUGUCCCGAGUUUGAAGUAUUCAAGGAUAGUUUGAAUGAUCAGCAGACUCCUAUUAGGAGUAUGACAAAUGUUUCAACAUUUUCAUACCCUAACAGUCAGGAAUAUUCUAGCAAGAGACCUAUGAUUGUAAGCACCAUAGCUGACAUCUAUAGGAGGGCUGAGCCAGGCUAUUACCAUGUUCCUGCAAGAAUCAAUGGAUUGGAGAGUGCCAGAAAAUGGUACUACUCUUCUUGCAAGAAAGAAGGAUGUUUUAGAAAACUUGAGCAGAAAAAGGCAUUACUUUGGUGUGACACCUGCAAAAUUAGUUGGCAACUGGGAAUUCCUAGGUACAGGUUGGGUGUUAGAGUUGGUGACAAGUCUGGGGAUGCACCUUUUCUGCUAUGGGAUAAUGAAUGUUCUGAGUUAUUAGGAUUGAGUGCUUAUGAUCUCAGAAACAAAUACUUGGAGGUUUGA